AUGAACCUGGGAGAUGGUUUGCUGUUUGAGCUGGACAAUGGAAAACCCAGGCUGAUCCUUCUAAACGGAGGUGGGAACGUUCAGACGAAUCCAGUGAAGCCAAGGCCCAGACUGCCAAGUGUCUUAAGCCGACUUCCCUCACGGUUGGAUACGCUCACACCUCGAGCAGAAGGACAACCAAUCAAAAAGCACAUUGCACAGAACGUGAGGGUCCCGCAGAAUAAAACUGGAAAAGGAGGGGCCCCAGUCAGAGCGCAGAGCCGAGCAGGGACCACCUCAAGGACUCAAGUCACUCAAACUCCGGGGAAUGAAGUUCAAACUAAUGCCAAGGUGAAAGCGGCAAAACCCAAAAAUGUGAGAGCCAACAGGAAACCAGAAGAGCCUAAGAAGAAGGCGGAACCAAAAGUUGAACCGUCCAAUCAGAGCGCGACACUGCAGGACGGUGAGGCGUGUCUGACCAAUGAGCAGCUUCACCGAAUCCUUAAUGUGGUUCAGAUAUACGACUACCCUCCAAUCACUGAAGAGAUCCAGAGUGUCGCUGAACCUGCACCGAGGGAAACGAAGGGACCAAAAGAAACAAAGGAGCAAAGAGAAACUGGGAAUGUGCCUCACAGCGACAAGAGAUCUGGAGGUCUGUUGAGUUGGGUGGAGGAGCGGCCGUUUGAGGACAGAGCUGCACUGGAAGCAAAGAAGGCUCAAUGGAAACGAGAACUGGAUCAACAAGUUGCAUCAAAGAAUCAGCGCUCUGCUCCUGCCAGACUCCAGGGGGAGGACGCCGCCGCAAAUUUGGUCUCAGUCCAGAGCUCCGUCAGCUACAUGGACCUUCCUGCUGCAGUCAGGUCCAGCCUCAAAGUCGGGGAGUUUGUGCCGCUGGAUGAGGCGGCGCUGACGCAGGAGCAGAAACUGGAGCAGAGGAAACUGUGGCUUCAAGAACUCGACAAACAACGAGAGGAAAACACAGAAAGAAGACGGCUCGAGAAACUGCAACAUCGACAGACGGAGGAUCCGCAGCUGUGGGCGUCUCACUUCGAGUCGCUCCAGAGACCCCCGCUCGCCCCUCCCCCCUGCUUCGAGAGGGGGCAGACGGGCUCCAGUUUGUCCCAGUGGGAGGAGGCCAGCAUCAGGACCAGUGUGGAGACAAGCUGCAGCAGAGGAGGUGGUGGAGGAGGAGGAGGAGGAGGUGCGGCCAGAGCCAGUCACCUCCGGACCAUGACGUCUCUGUUGGAUCCGGCUGAAGUCGAGGAGCGAGAGCGGCGUCGACUCAAGCAACUGGAACAACAGCGAGCAAUCGAGCUGCAGAUGGAGGAGCGACGGCGGCGCAGGGAGGAGGAGGAGCUGCAGCGGAAACGGGAGGAAGAGGAGGAGGAGCUGAGGCUGGAGCAGGAGAGAGACAGACUCCAGCGGCAAUACGAGAAGGAGAGACGACAGAGGCAACACGAGAAGGACACGCAGAGAGAGACACACAGGGAGCCGAGUCCUGAGACCGAGCUGCGGAUCCCAAACUGCUCCGAGCCUGAACCACAGUCCGACACUGAUGCCGAUAACAGCCCUGAGCUGGAGGCGGGACCAACAGCUGUCAAUCAUCACAAAGAGACCGGCGUCCAAACAGAGGAGGCGGUCUCCUUGGCUCCGGGUCCUGGUCUCGGCGUCGUGGACCGAGCUCAGGUGCUGCAGAUGCUACAGAUGUUUCACAAAGACGUCGGGACAGAGGCGUAUGAGCCGUACUCCAGGAGCGAGCGCAGCCGGAGGGACGUGAAGAGGCCGGAGUGGAACACGCAGAGACCCAGCCGCCGCUUCGUCCCGGCUUCUCAGCGUUACCCCGAGGAGCUGCAGCGUCAGAGGCAGCAGAGUCGUCUGAUGAGGCAGGCCCAGCUCCUGUCGCUGCAGAAGAACCCUCCCACCCUGCCCCCACGGCUCAGCCCCACCCCAGAGCAUGAGCCCAGUGACACCGAGGCGGCCAGGACCUCCAGCCUGGUGGAGACCAGCGAGCGGCUCACUACAGAGAGAGGCCGCUCUCCUGAACCUGCAGCUCCAGACUCUCGCCUUCACAUUCGAUCAGACGACGCCUUUAUCCUGAAGCCACCGGAGACGCAGCCACAGCCCUCUCCUCACUGCGCUGCCACUCCUCAGAUUCUGCAGAAAACUCCGAGACAAGAGGAGAUCAUCAGAGGCCUGGCCCGGCUCAGACAGGGUUUGCUCCAGAAGCAGCGAGAACUGGAGUCGGACCUGAGCCACAGCGACCAGUGGCCCGUUCCCAUGACGACGUACCGACGAGAGCUCUGA